AUGACUCAGAAGAAAAUGAACCUCCGUCCGGGGACAGCGGCGUAUAGGAGGAAACACGCACUCCUACAACCAUCUCCGUCGUUACCACCUAAUGGUAGGUUGGCGGAGAUGGCCGGAGGCACCACAGCGGAGUGCGCUGCGGUGUGGUGUUGUUGUCCAUGCACAUUAAUCAAUUUAUUUGUGCUAGUUGUGUACAAGGUUCCAGCAAGUAUAUGCAAGAAGGCCCUAAGAACACACCGAAGGCGACGAAUGAUGAAAAAAGGCCUCCUCCCUCUUCAAUCAUUCGCCGCCUCGAGUAGGGCAAGUCCAUGUCGAUAUAGCAUCCCUUUAGAAGAAAUGAGGUAUCAAACUGAUAUGGCGACGACGUUGGUGGUGAUGGAUCCUGGAACUUGUGGGAGUAUUAGUAGUGAUGAUAAUAAUAUUAUGGAUAAGGAGUUGAUGCAAUUGGAAGAGGAAAUGUGGGAAAAAUUCUAUGCUACAGGAUUUUGGAGAAGCCCUUCUCAAGGAGAAAAAAUAAGGGAACAACAACAAUGA